UUACAUUUCAUAUUCAUUUGUGUAUGUGUUUAUUUUAAAUUUUGAUUCCGAGAACAAAGAAGAAAGAGCACAAUCUGGGUCAUGUCACAAUUGGGAGAUGAUGAAUUAGGAUCUAUACUCGAGUGGGUCCAUGACCCAGAUGACAGAAACUCAUUCUCUCUUGUCUGCAAGCAAUGGAAGAGAAUGGAGUGUCUUACCCGCUCAUCCAUUCGGGUUUUCGAACCCGAUUCCCUUUCUGGGUUCUUACCAAGAUUCCCAAAUCUUGUCACGUUUGAAUGUUCAAAACCCAUCACAGAUGAUGACCUUAAAUUCAUGGCCAAAACAUGUCCCAAGAUUAAGGUCCUCAACCUCAAUUUCAAACGCACACCGUACGAUGAAUUUAUACCGGUUUGUGAUGAUGUUGGGGACGAUGGUCUAUGUGCUUUAGCAAAUGGGUGUCGCAAGUUGUCGAAAGUUUUACUAAGGAGGAGGAAGAAUGUUGGGAAUGUUGGAGUUGUUUUGCUUGUUAAGUUGGAACAAAAUUUGACCAAUUUGGAUUUGACUUGGUGCAAUAAGAUCACGGAUCAAGCUCUUGAAGCAAUUGGUGCAGCAAAUUCUAUUGCUUCUUUGAAUUUGGAAGGGUGUUCGUUAAUUACGGAUGCUGGAUUGGCUUCAUUGGCAACAGGGGCUUCGUCCAAGUCUUUGAAAAAGUUGGUUCUUGCGGAAUGUGAUCAAAUUACAGAUUAUGGGGUAUCACUUUUGCGGCAAAUGUGUUACUUGGAGGAGCUAAACAUGGCAGAAUGUGGGCUGAAAGUUACGGAUGUUGGAUGUGUGGCAAUUGCUACAAUUCAAACUCUCAAGAAACUGAAUUUGUCGUGGUUGAUUAAUGUUUCGGAUCCUACACUUGUUGCACUAGCUGAGAACUGCCGGAAUAUGAAGCAGGUUAAUUUAACGGGUUGCGAGUUAAUUACUGGGGCUGGAAUUCGUGCUUUUGCAAAUCAUGAGUGUGUAGAAGGUCUUAAGUUGAUUUCUUGUUACAAUAUUUCUGGUUCUGAUUUGGAACAGUUAACACUUGGAUGCUGCUCUUUGAAGUAUGUUGUGCUGGAUAAAAGACGGAGAAUGUGGAUACCUAUGGUGAUGCUACAGAAUAUUAGCAGAUUCUAUGACUUAAUUUGGAUGUAAUUGAUGAGUAAAGAAACAUCAAUUUUAUCUCCAGGCUAUUGACAGUUUGUGUUAUUUCUUGCUUUUUGAUGUGGUGAGUAAUUGCAAGCCAUAUGCUAUUUUCUUCUGUGCCCUUUAAUUCAUUGGGCAUACUUCUGUUAAGCUUUUUAGUAAUGCGCAUUUUUGCUAAACAAGCUUGGCAUUUGAUUCAGAACAGUCACUCUUUGUUCUAUCGGGUAUAUAAAUCAAGAUAUUUUCCAAAUUGCUCUUUUAUGGAUGUGUAGAGAUGGGCAACAAUCCUUCAUAUGGGUGGAGAAGUCUUUUAGCAGCUAUAGAUAUUAUUAAAGAGGGAUCAAAGUGGCAGGUAGGGGAUGGAAGGUACAUUGAAGUUUCAACACAUAAAUGGUUGACACACAAACCGGUUUUCCUGGGAGAGAUUCAGCCUAAUUUUAAUGUGAAAGACCUUAUUGAUAGUGCCACAGGACAAUGGGAUAGGGAGAAGCUAUUUGAUCAUUUUGCAUAUAGGACAUGUAUGGAAAUAGCAGCUGCCUCUGCUAAGGUUGUCUUCAAGGGAUGCAUUGGUUUGGAAGGCAAACAAGUCCCAAAAAUUUACGGUUAAAUCAGCUUACCAGAUGGCACAACAGAUGAAAGAGCAAUCACGGGUUGAACACUCAAGGAUGGUGGCUGACCGUGGAAUAUGGAGAAGGCUAUGGAGUUUGAAUGUACCACCGAAAGUAUGUAUGUUUGUAUGGAGAGCAUGUUCAAAUAUUUUGCCUACUAGGGACAACUUGCAUUGCCGAAAGACAAUCCAUAGUGUGAGUUCUGCUGUCAACAAGUGGAGUCUGCUGCACACUUGCUUUGGGAAUGUCCUUUUGAAAGAAAUGUAUGGGCCCUUUGCCAAGGAAAAAUUCAGAAACACCCUAACAAUGCUCAGAUAUUUUCAUGUUAUUUCGUUGGUUGAUAGAUAAACUUUCAUAGCAGGAAUUGGAAAGAUGGGCGGUAAUUGCUUGGGCAAUUUGGAAUGCUCGAAAUAAAUUUUAUUUUGAACAUAUCCAAACUCACCCCAAGUCUAUAUUUGAUGAAGCAAUUGGAUUUCUGCAGGAAUAUCAAAGAUUGGUAGCUGCUCAAAUAGAUAGUUGAAUGGUCUACUUGUGUAGGUUU